CUCGUUCAAUGUGAAUAUACAAGAGUUCACACUCAUUUGUCUUCUUGGUACCCGAGCCACGUUCACCCACUCUUCCGCUAUGUCUCACAACGACGACCUCGGCAACGCCGGCAACCCUGACGCCCCCAACUCCAGCGGCAUGGCCACGGCACCGGUGCCCGUGGCAUCCGCUCCGGCGCCCGCCCUCCCCGUCGACCUCGCGCCUGGCAGCUCGACCCUCCCAGCGGCCACGGCCCCCGUGCCCGUGGCGUCCGCUCCGGCGCUCGCCCUCCCCGUCCAGCUCGCGCCCGGCGGCUCGACCCUCCCAGUGGCCAACCUCGGCGUCCCCAACUCCAGCGGCAUGGCCACGGCCCCGGUGCCCGUGGCGUCCGCUCCGGCGCCCGCCCUCCCCGUCCAGCUCGCGCCCGGUGGCCCGGUCCUCCCAGCGACGGCGCCCGCCCUCCCUAUCUCCACCACGGUGGUCGCACCCGCGCCGCAGCGCCCCGGCCUCAACCUCUCGGCGCCCUCGAUGCACCAGAUCAGCAUCACGUCGUACAUCAACUUCAAGCUGGACGUCGCCACCAACAACUACUCCAAAUGGAGGCAGCUGAUGCACCGCGUACUCUCCAUGUACGAGGUUCUCAACCACGUCACCCACCGCUCCGAGCCGCUCACGCAGAGCGCGACCUGGCGCCAUGAGGACCUGACCAUCGUCCUGUGGUUCUACGCCACGAUCUCGGACGAACUCUAUGAUGUGGUCAUGUCCGCCGACAGCACCGCCUACGACGUGUGGCACCAGCUCCACACGUUCUUCAGGGACAACCUCCCCGGCCGCGCCAUCUACCUCUCCGCCGAGUUCCGCUCCGUCGUCCAGGGAGACCUCACAGUCGGCGCCUACUGCCGGCGCCUCAAGGCGCUCGCUGAUGCCCUCACCGACGUCGAAGAGCCGGUGACGGACCGCACCCUCACGCUCCAACUCCUCCGCGGGCUCAACAGGCGUUUUCAGGUGAUGGCCACCGUGCUUAUGAUGCAGAUACCCUUCCCCUCGUUCCUGCAGGCCCGGUCUCGUCUUCUCCUCGAAGAGAUCGGCCUCGCCGAGCGCGACCAUGGCGAGUCCUCCACCGCGCUCAUCAUCCAGGGCGGCGGGGGGGCCGGUGACCGUGGGUCCUCCAGCUCCAACCCUCCACGCGGCGUCCAGGACGGCGCUCCGGAUCGCGGCACCCCUGCUGAUCGCAACCGCGGCGGCGGCGGCGAUCGCGGCCGCGGACGUGGCCGCAACUCCAACACCAACACCGGGGGCUCCGGCAGCUGUGCCCCACCUGCACCGCCUGCACCAACCACACUCUGGAUGGGCUACUUCGCCCCGUGGGGUUCCCCCAUGCCUGCCCAGUGGCGCGCGCCGUGGACGCCCCCGAACGCGACCGGCGUGCUGGGCCCGCGCCCGAGCAACCCCAACCACGCCUAUCCAGUGGUCUUCCCCGACGCCGGCAGCUCCUCCGCCGGCCCCGCUCAGCAGUCGUGGGAUCAACAGAGUCUCCUCGGCGCCGCCAUGAGCAACCUGCAGCUGUCGCCGGGCUCCUCCGCCAACUGGUACAUGGACAGCGGGGCCACGUCCCACAUCACUGGUAACCCAGGAUCUUCAAACUCGGACCCCUCUCAUGAGGUCCAAUAGCUCAACCGGGCUCUACCCGUUCUUCGGCUCCGCAGCUCCGUUGCCAACCAGCACGGCCCUCUCCAUCACCAGCGACGUUUGGCAUCGGCGCCUUGGACAUCUCAGCCCCGAAGCUCUCUCUAGGCUAUCUGCACAUUUCCUUCCAGAUUGUAAUAAAUCCUCCCACCCCCAUUCUGUGUGUGAGGCGUGUCAGUUAGGCAAGCAAGCUAGGUUACCAUUUGCUGCGUCCAGGUCAUUUACUUCCUUUCCAUUUGAAAUAAUACACUGCGAUCUCUGGGCGUCUCCCGUCCAAAGUUGCUCCGGAUUUGGUUAUUACUUGAUUAUAUUGGAUGAUUUUUCCCAUUA